CCAGAAACUCACAUGUGUAAAUCAAAAUGGCGUUUCUACGGAGGUCUGCUAGGAUCGCAAGAUAUUUGGCUGCGUCUCCUCAAAAUUGUGUUCGAACAGUAAUCAGACCGAACCAAAGAUUAUUUGUCGUUGUUGAACACAAUGCCAGGCAGGCGUUCCAUUCCAGCUCUAGAUUAACCAACACAGAAACGGCCGUCAGUCACAGCGCCAUAGACGAUGACUUUGGAGACUUUAUAAAAAAUAUUCAACAUCAAGAACAUGAUAUUUUCCAUCAAGUCGUAUUUUCUGAGAAGCGGUUUGGACGAGUUACCAAAUUGCAAGUUACACGUAUGUUUGACUCAUUGUGCAAAACAGGUUUUGCAACGGCAAGAACUGUUCAGCAACUCACAAGGUAUUGUGGGAGUUUGAUGGCAGAAGUACCGGCUAUUGAAAGAACCAAAUUAGUGCAUGAAAUAUGGGAUAAAGUAGAAGACCUAGGUAUGUAUGCUACAUACAAAAAACUAGUUGGCUUGCAUUGUCAGCAAGGUGAUAUGGAAGGGGCACGAAGGGUGUUAGAAAUCAUGAAAAGUGAAGACAUGCCAGUGACGAACACAGUAUUCAGAUACCUCAUCAUGGGCCAUGCCAGGGCUGGAGAUAUGGAAAGUGCAAAAGGAAUAUUGGAUCAAAUGAGGAGUGUUUCUUUAGAGCCCUCUGUGAAAACCCACGUGGCGUUGAUGUGUGCAUAUGCAGAGAAAGGUGAUAUUGACAACAUCAGAGAGAUACUGACCAAUUUGAAGACUGAAGGCAAUGCUGUUCCGUCUAUCUAUCUACUGUCUGUCAUCCACAGCCUUGCAGCCUCUGGUAACAAGCAACACAUACAAGAGAUCUUGGAUCAAAUAUCGUUUGAAUCUCUGUCCCAACCAGACAUUAUUAAUCUGUGUAUUACUUUAAUAACGGAGGAACACGAUGACGUUGCAUUUGAGAUUCUGAAACCUCAUCUCAAAGAGAGCCAGCAAAAGAUGAACUUAGUGGAAGGGCAGGAAUCUCAAAAAGCCAAUUUUUUUAUUCGACAGAUCGUAAAACUAGAAAGAGAUUUUUGCCACUUGCCUUGGGAGUUUUUUUUCGCAUGA